AAAACGGGAGCUAGGUUAUUGAGGGGCAGGUUUUCUGUACAGGUUGGCGGAGUUCCAAAAUACUAGUGGUAGGAAUUUGCUGAUGAUAGAAAGUGAGACCUGGGAAGAGAGUUGUUUUGUAAUGCAGUGGACCAAAAAAGAUGCCUUGUUCUGUAUUGCAGAUUGGUUAUACAAGUGUUCAGUUCAGAAACUGGUGGUAGUCAUCUCAAAUAUUGAAAGUGGUGAGGUCCUUGAAAGGUGGCAAUUUGAUAUUGAGUGUGACAAGACUGCAAAAGAUGACAGUACACCCAGAGAAAAGUCUCAGAAAGCUAUCCAAGAUGAAAUCCGUUCAGUGAUCAGACAGAUCACAGCUACGGUGACAUUUCUGCCACUGUUGGAAGUUUCUUGUUCAUUUGAUCUACUGAUUUAUACAGACAAAGAUUUGGUUGUACCUGAAAAAUGGGAAGAGUCGGGACCGCAGUUUAUUACCAAUUCUGAGGAAGUCCAUCUUCGUUCGUUUACUACUACGAUCCACAAAGUAAGUAGCAUGGUGGCCUACAAAAUUCCUGUCAAUGACUGAGGAUGAGAUAAGGACAGUGAUGUACUUGUAAUUCUCAGAUGUGGUUUUCCUGAAACCAAGUCAACUAUAGUUGAUACAUUUUGUUUCAUUGGUUAAUUUUUAGAUGGGGAAAACUUAACAUUAUACUUCUAUUGAACUGUGCAUAAUUAUUCCAUUUUUUGGUACCUGUAUGACUUGAUACAGGGUUCACAUAAAUUAUUGCACAUUGUUCAAAAGGGAACUAGCAGAUUACAUCAGCAUUGUUAUGUCAGUUCCUUUGAAGGUGGUAACUGUAGAUGGAAAACUUUUGCUAUGAAGCUAAAUGCCUUCUUAAAUCAGACCUUUUGGGCAAGUACGUUGACUCGGAAUAUAGGUAGGGAGAUAUUUGAAUAUAAAAUACAGCAUAAGAAGUCCAGAUAUUCAGAAUCUUUGUUUAGAUCCUGAAAUUAUCUAAUGAUAAUCUGUAAGUAAUGAAAAAUUGCUCCUAUUAGGUCCUUUUGCCAUUUAUUUCAUUUGUAUAUUUUCCAUAUUGAAAGCAUUUCCAAUUAUUUGAUUUUAAUUUAUAUAACUUGACAAAGCUCUGUAUAUUGCCACUGUUUAAAUUCCUGUGAUACAGAACUCUUAAAAUUUUUUUUUAUGUUUUGUAAAAUCAAGCUUUAAAUGAUGAUGUGAUAAAGUUAAAUAUGUAUGUUUUAAAUUUGUCUUAACAUAUUUUUAUAUUGGUGUGGUAUUAACACAGUUAAAUAGUAGGAUGGAUUCAGUAUAGCGAAUAAUAUCUUGUGCCUACCAGGGCCUAAGAAUACAAACCUGAAUAAGUCAAGAGGUACUUUCAAUUUGAUAGACAAGCUUUGAUUAUACAUCCCUUUAAUCUUAUAACUGUGGACUUAAAAUAAGCAUCAUUCUUUGUAUAAAAUAAUACAUGUCAGUUGGAGUUAAUUCAUUUUAGCAUAUAUUGGACUGUAGAACUUUUCUAUACUCAUAGCCUUAUUGCCAGCCUAGUUUUCCUUAUUUUUCCAAGGUCAGUUGAAGGCGAACUUCUAAAAAUUCUCUCCUUAUAUCUGUUCUAAAUCUUAAUCUCAUUUUUAUAAUUAAGUGUUUAGUAUCAGAUACUGUUCUAAGAUUUUCAUGUGUAUUAACUCAUUAAUCUUCACCAUAAAGUAAAAAUACAUAGCCUGUAUCCGUUCAUUCAAAAAUUACAAAGUGAGCACCUGUUAAUGUGCCAAGUAUUGGGAUGAAUGAAACAAAGUCCUUGCCCUUCUGAAGCUUGAGAUAGGAAGGAGAGGAAAAUACAUGGCAAGCUUCCAGGAAGUAACUACACAGGUUUAUCUCAUAUGUGUUUGUUAUUUCACCUGAAUGAUCUCUUUGAUCCUGUUGCCUGCUUGUUAAGAAUAAAGGGCAAUUCUUUUCACUGCAAGACAAGUAGGUGCCAGUAUUUGAUGAUAGGUGUAGUGAAUGUUGUGAAAGCCCAUUUCCUUGAGAAUUGAAGCUAUCUAAUUGAGGUCCACCUCAUGUCUUUUUCCUGAAUAAGAAAAGUAGUUAUGCAGAAAUGGAAAUGAUGAUGAAUUAGUUAUGGUCAAGAGUCUGGUUUUCCCACGAGAUAUAGUACAAAGUGGACACUAGUAAGAUUAAAACAUUUGAAUUCUGGGCUAUUCAUAACCUCUUAACGUGAAAUGAGAUUGAGAAGGAAAGCGGAAAUGGAAGUCCAGUAAAAAUAUGGAGACUUGAACAUUUUGGAGCUACUUUUGGGACAAAAGUUGAAAUUCUUUUUAGAAAGC